AGCUGCUCUUGGUGUUCUACACGAAUACUCAUUAGUCAUUCUGGAGAUGGACUUGCUGUCUGGAACCUACCUCUUGGCAGUCUUAUUAGCCUGUAUUGUAUUGCAAUCUGGCGCACAGGAGAAGAAUUAUACCGUGCGGGAAGAACUGCCUGAAAAUGUCCUCAUUGGCAAUUUGCUCAAGGAUCUUAACCUAACGCUGGACCCAGAUGUGCCCCUGUCCUCACCACUGCAGUUCAAGCUUGUGUAUAAGACUGGGGAUGUACCAUUGGUACGGGUGGAGGAGAACACCGGUGAGAUUUUCACAGCUGCGAACCGCAUAGACCGAGAGAAGCUGUGCUCUGGCAUCUUUAGUGAGAAUCGCUGCUUUUAUGAGGUGGAGGUUGCUGUUUUGCCUGAUGAAGUCUUCAGACUGGUCAAGAUCAGAUUCCUAAUAGAGGAUAUAAAUGACAAUGCCCCUCUCUUUCACGCUACAAAUUAAGACACUAUUAACAUCUCUAUCCCUGAAAACACAGCAAUUAAUUCUCGCUAUUCUGUCCCAUCUGCCAUCGAUCCUGACAUUGGUGUGAAUGGUAUUCAACAUUAUGAAUUACUUAAGGGUCAAAAUGUGUUUGGUCUUGAUAUAACUGAGACACCUGAGGGAGAUAAGUGGCCUCAACUGAUUGUCCAACAGAUCCUCGAUAGGGAACAGAAGGAUACCUAUGUGAUGAAAAUCAAAGUUGAAGAUGGUGGAAGCCCUCCAAGAUCUAGCACUGCCAUCCUGCAAGUCACAGUGACUGAUGUGAAUGAUAAUCGCCCAGUCUUCAAAGAGAAUGACAUUGAAGUCAGUGUUCCAGAAAACGCUCCAGUGGGCACCUCUGUUUCUCAGCUUCAUGCCACUGAUGCAGACCUGGGCUCAAAUGCACAAAUCCACUUCUAUUUCAGCAAUCAGAUCUCCAGUUUGGCCAAAAGGCUGUUUGCCAUUGAUAACACCACUGGUCUCAUCACUAUAAGAGAACCGCUAGAUAGGGAGGAAUCUCCUGUACACAAAUUAACUGUUUUGGCAAGUGAUGGGAGUUCAACUCCGUCAAGAGCAACAGUGACUGUUAAUGUUACAGAUAUUAAUGACAAUGUCCCGUCAAUAGACACGAGAUACAUCAUCAAUCCAGUGAAUGGGACAGUGCUUUUGUCUGAGAAGGCUCCCCUUAAUACAAAAAUUGCAUUGAUAACAGUAAUGGACAAGGAUGCUGAUAUGAAUGGUAAAGUUACUUGUUUUACAGAUCAUGAUGUCCCUUUUAGGCUAAAGCCUGUGUUUGAUAAUCAGUUUCUUCUGGAGACAGCUACAUUUCUAGAUUAUGAAGCCACACGGGAAUAUGCCAUUAAAAUAGUGGCUUCAGAUUCAGGGAAACCUCCCUUAAACCAGUCUGCAAUGCUCCUGAUCAAAAUUAAAGAUGAAAAUGACAAUGCCCCUGUUUUUACACAGCCUAUCAUAGGUCUUUCCAUCCCUGAAAACAAUGCUCCGGGUACUCAGCUAACCAAGAUAAGUGCUACAGAUGCUGACAGUGGGCGCAAUGCUGAGAUCAGCUAUAUCCUGGGUUCUGAUGCACCUCCUAUUUUCAACCUUGACCGCCGUACAGGUAUUCUGACAGCAGUGAGAAAGCUGGAUAGAGAAAAGCAAGACAGGUACUCCUUCACUGUGCUGGCUAAGGAUAAUGGGAUACCACCCUUGCAGACCAAUGCUACUGUGACAGUGUCUGUCCUGGACCAGAAUGAUAACAGCCCUGCUUUCACACACAAUGAAUACAAUUUCUAUGUGCCGGAAAAUUUACCCAUGUAUGGCACAGUGGGGCUUAUCACAGUUACAGAUGCUGACUCAGGAGAGAAUGCUGCAGUUACUCUCUCUAUAUUAAAUGGUAGAGAUAAUUUCAUUAUAGAUCCACUUACUGGUGUAAUAAGACCUAAUAUUACCUUUGAUAGGGAACAGCAGGGGUCAUAUACUUUCCAGGUGAAAGCCGUGGAUGGAGGAAGAGUGCAACGUUCCUCAACUGCCAAAGUGACCAUCAACGUUGUUGAUGUAAAUGACAACAGGCCUGUUUUUGUUAUUCCUUCAUCUAAUUAUUCAUAUGAGUUGGUUCCAACGUCAGCCAGUCCAGGGUCUGUAGUUACUAAAGUCUUUGCAGUAGAUAAUGACACAGGAAUGAAUGCAGAGCUCCGCUAUAGCAUCAUAGGUGGGAACUCACGGGGCUUGUUCACAAUUGACCAAUUAACAGGCAAUAUAACUUUGAAAGAGAAAAUAAUUACAUCAGAUCAUGGCUUGCACAGACUGGUGAUAAAAGUCAACGACCUAGGACAGCCUGAGUCUCUUUACACUAUAGCUCUAGUGCAUUUAUUUGUCAAUGAGACAGUCACCAACAGUUCCUAUGUACAAGAGCUAGUGCGCAGGAAUAUGGAAACUCCAGUUGGCCAGAAUGUUGGGGAUGGGGAGAUAACCCCACAAACCAAUGAUUAUGUCAAGAUCAUCAUUGCUAUUAUUGCAGGCACUAUGACAGUUAUUCUCGUAAUUUUUGUUACUGCUUUAGUACGGUGCCGCCAGACACCUCGGCACAAGGUUGUCCAAAAAAACAAGCAGAGUGGUGAAUGGGUUUCCCCAAACCAAGAGAAUAGGCAGAUAAAGAAAAAGAAGAAGAAGAAGAAGCGCUCUCCAAAAAGUCUCCUCCUCAACUUUGUGACUAUUGAAGAAUCUAAGCCUGAUGAUCCUGGCCACGAGCACAUAAAUGGCACUUUAGACAUUCCUGUAGAGCUAGAAGAACAGACUAUGGGAAAGUAUAACUGGGCCACCACACCAACCACGUUUAAGCCUGAUAGCCCAGAUUUAGCAAAGCACUACAAGUCUGCUUCUCCACAGCCUACCUUUCAAAUUAAACCUGAGACUCCUGUGCCCCCCAAGAAGCACCAUGUCAUUCAGGAACUGCCUCUAGAUAACACCUUUGUGGUGGGCUGUGACUCACUUUCCAAGUGUUCAUCAAGCAGCUCGGACCCUUACAGUGUUUCUGAAUGCAGCUGUCAAGGAGGCUUCAAGACCCCAGGACCCAUACACACCAGACAGCUCUGAACGCCAUCGCAUCCGAUGUUAUAUACUGAAGUCGUACGUGUACACAAUGAUGUUAAGCCAGCAAACAUGAAAACAAGGAAAUAGCACGAGAAAGCCCUUUGUCCUGUCUCUGAUUGCCGAAGAAAUUUAUCGUCUGAUCUCCAGAGGGGUUUGGAAGUGACGAUGAACUGUUCAAGCUGCCCUACUGAAAGGUAUCAAGGGCAAGAAUUUUUUAAAAAGCAAAGACAGAUUUUAGUACGUUGUGCUAUAGUGUUCUAUAAUGUAGUUUUGCUAAGAAAAAAGUAAUGUGACCCAUCCUUCUGCACAGUUGGUGAUUAUGGUAAAUCUAUUUUGCUUGUAAUCAUCUUCUUGUCCCAGAUUUCUUUUUUCUUUAUUUAUUUUAGUUGAAACAAUUAGGAACUUUGUUUCUAUAAAUAUAUUAAAAGGGAGCAAUAAAUUUUAUUCUUACAUUAAAAAGAGAAUGUAAAGUUCUUUAUACUCCCUGCAUUUAAAAUAAAAACAAAUGAAUUGUUGUCACUUAUAGCACCAUUAUCCAUGUUAAGAAUUAAGUGUUAUUUAUAUCUAUACCAUAAGAUUUUUAAUGAUGAUAUUGCUGCUAUGGAUCAUAAAUAGAAUUGAUCAAAUCACUGCUUUCUCAUUUUAUAGGCACA